UUAUUGCACCAGUGCAACAGUGCAGCUAGGAAGAACAGACCACAGACCAUAAAUCUAUCCGUUGGUUUGGCCUAAGUGAGAAAAUUGCAUUUUUUUUAUCUUGCAUGUAUUAUAAAAUAAAUAAAAUUGGAUAAAAUAAGCAUCGUAAACAAAUGGUGACAAAUGGAAAACGAAGAGAUAAUGCAGUUACACGAUCUGAAGGAAAAGCUCUUGAGAAAGGUGAUUUAUUUGAGAGAUAGGUUAAAGGAUCAAGAAAAAAAUGGACAUCAAGACACAAUCAAUUUAAACAUCACACUGCCUUCCAAAGAUAAGGAUAAAAAACCAGAAUUCCCUUCUACCAAGUACAAAGCUAAAUUGUGUGAAAUUACAGGUCAAGUGACGGGAAUAGUGUUUAAGGAUGUUGAUAGAAAAUGGUUACAUGAUGAUAUUUAUAUGUAUACAGCGAAAGUGAUAACAAAAACAAUUUCCUUUAACGUGGAGUUAACAGUAGCUUGUAAGGAUUUAAAUGAUUUUCUAAUUGAGGACAUUGUGUGCCACUUUAUAGAUGUCCCUGAUUGUUAUAUGUUGGAGGUAUCCCCUUGGUUCCAGAAAAUUACAAGAAUGAAGAAUUUUUCUCUCCUUAUGUCCACAUUUUCCAAUUAUAACGAAAACAAUAUUCUUAGAUCUAAAAUCCUACGUAAUUUAGAAUUGAAAAAAUAUUCGAGUAUUGAGCAGUGUACUGAUGAAGAUGGAGGUAUAUUGGUGCAUAUGCACUCACCCUUAGAUACAGAGAAAAAUUACGUGAUAUUUUAUUGGACGAUGAAAUUUUUGGACCUGAUGUGGAGAAUUGAACAUUUCUUUACAGUGAAAUCUACAGACAUAGGAUUGGAGUUUGCAGAAGAAAAUCGUUCUUUAUUAAAAGAAUUUUGCAAGAUUGGUUUGACAGCAGACAAUCUUAUGGAACUAUGGGAAAGAUUAUGUGUUGCUAUUGAUGCUUAUACUAGUAAAAAUAUUUGACAAAAACUGAUUGAGUUUGAAAAAUUGACUGAACAAACUCUUACAAAAACAUAAUUACUUAAAUUAAUUAUUUCUAUAUUUAAAUAAAAUUGCAAAAUAUUAUUUUAACAAAUUACGACGUUUGACGCACCAUGUACAUAACAUUUAUUUGCAAGUUUUGUAAUACGUACAGUUUAAUCAUAAAAUAAAUAUAUUGAUAUAUACAUAUAUAUACAUAUAUAUAGAUUAAGAUUACACACACACACACACACACACACACACGCGCGCGCGCGCGGAUUUGAUGAAAAGCAUUAUCUUUGAUUUAUUUGAUACAUAAAUAAAUGUGAUUUUUUCCAAA